UCUCGGAGUUGGCUACCAAAUUAGAAGUGUUGUAAACCUCCUGUCCUCGACAACAAGGACACACCAUAGUUUGUCGGUCAGUCAGUUGUUCCGUGAGGAAGUCAGUACUACAUGAGGUUGAAAUUAGGCUAAGAUGCCCCUCUGCUUGUGGGCCACGGCUCCACAAUAAUAAUGGAGAUGGACACUGGAGCUCAUCAUCUCGACAGUUUGAUGCUUUUCCACAAGAUUUUGGAAACAUUCUACGCGCCGUGCGCAAGGUAACCCCAAUCCAGCCCCGAGUUUGGUCUCGCAAGAAUGGCGUCUUCACAGCCAUCUGAUGCAUUCACCUUUCUGCCCCAAGGCGGCAUUAUCCAAGAAUUUCGAGUAGGCGGGCGCAACAUUACACUCGGGUUUCCAUCCGCUGCGUCAUACAAAGAGAAGAACCCUUUCUUUGGAGCCAACAUUGGAAGAGUAGCAAAUCGGAUAUCGAACGCGAAGAUCAACGAUCUGAACGGCAAGAGCUAUGAGUUGGCAGCCAACAAUGGCCCAAACACUUUACAUGGUGGCGCAAAUGGUUGGGACAAGCAGGAGUUUGAAGGUCCUACACCGACCAAUCGCAAGGGGCGAGAUGCUGUCAUGUUCAAGUAUCUGAGCAAGGACGGUGAAGAGGGUUUUCCUGGGACGGUGCAGAUGAGGAUGUGGUAUACUCCGACCCUCGAACAUGACGAUGGCAAGGAGAAAACCAGCCUUGAGAUUGAGUAUGAAGCAGAGCUGGUUGGCGACGAGGUUGCUGAAACCGUUGUGAGCUUGACGAAUCACAGCUACUUUAACAUAUCUGAUGGGCCCACUAUCGAGGGCACAAAGGUAAUCGUACCCUCCAAUCUGCAUCUGCCGGUGGACGAAAACGCCAUACCUACUGGUACGAUCGAACCAUAUCCUGAAUUCAACGCGAACGAGGAAUUCGUCCUGGGCGCUGAGAGGCCCGACCCGGACCACUGCUUCGUUGUAAAUCCGGAUCCUUCAAGCAUUCCUCUUGACACAAGGAGUCAGCCAAUGAGGAAGCUUAUUGAGCUUUAUCAUCCCAGUACGAAGAUUCAUCUUGAAGCGCUUAGCACAGAGCCUGCAUUCCAAUUCUACGCUGGGCGGUUUAUUGACGUGCCCGCGAAGGACGGUCAGCCAGCAAGAGGACCCCGAAGCGGUCUCUGCAUCGAGGCGAGCCGAUACGUCAACGCCAUCAACAAUGACCAAUGGAGGCAGCAGGUCGUUCUAAAGAAAGGUCAGAUUUGGGGCAGCAGGACUGUGUAUCGUGCCUGGACCGAGUAGCAUGCCGUCUCAGCCCUACCAGAGCUUGACAAAGCGAAUGCACAUUUCUGAUGAACCCG